ACCGCUUUGCCCUUAUGGACGAUCAUGUUAGUGCUGGGGUUCAUUUCUUUGCCACCUCGCAAGAAAUUCUUCGCGAGUGGCGGUCGAUGGGGGAAGAGACUCUUGCGUUUGAGGAGGCGAAGAAGUCGUUUGCUGAAGAGAGGGAAAAGUUUAACGCUAAGAAGAAGGGUUUGCAGUGGAGGGUUGCUGAAGCCGAGCGGAAGCUUGAAGAGCAGAAACAGUUAAAUGAGCAAAAACAGAAAGAUUGGGAGUCUGCGUGUGCGCGUACGAAUUUGGAGAUGCAAUCGCAGCGUGAUGCCAUCGUGCGGUUAUCUGGUGAUAAGACGGCCCUUGCUGAAGAGGCGCAGCAGGCGCGUGUUGCUGCUGAGAAAAAGGAGAAGGAGUAUGUUGCUCGAGUUGACAAACUGGAACUUCUUGCUCAGGAGAAAGCUGCUGAGUGUGAGACUGCUCAGCGCCUACUUGCUGAGAAGGCGGCUGAAUGUCAAGCUUCUGAGCUUCUUUCCGAGGAGGCCUCAGCUGAUAGUAGGUGGUUGCUUUCCCGUGGCGUUCCUUUGCUUGCUGAUCGUAUCUUGCAUUCUUCUGAGCUUGCCCGCUAUAUGUUUGAGUUGGGUAGGGCAGGGUAUAAUAGUGGGCGCAAGUUUGGGUAUGCUGAAGGCAGGUUUGCAGCUGUCAACAAUGAGAAGGAUUACCACUUUGAGUUAUAUAAAGAGGAUUGUGACGGUGCUUAUGCUGCUAAGCGCCAAGAAUUUUCGAUGCUUGAUUUUGCUGUUGUUCGGGCCGCUGGGAAGUUGGCUCACAAAGUGGAUGGAGUAGCCUUAUUGAAGAAAGCUUUGGGAGAAGAUGGAGAUGCAUCAGGAGGUGCUGGCCCUAGUUAGACCUGUUGUGCGGAUUCCGGCCUGUGUGCCGUGUAUAGCCUUGAAUAGGCUUGUAAUGACGGUUGCCUUAAGACAAUUUAAACUUUGUUUACCUGUGGGUGUGUGUACUUUGGAUUUUUGUAAACAUUUUAUUGCUUAUUUCUCUGGUUAUGCAGAUUUUGUUGUCGUCACAAUAUGUGCAUGUUUAAUUACUUUGAUCAGGUGUCACGAAUGAAUGAUGGCGCUGACAGGUGAUGUUGUGUUAGUACAACGUUUUUAUUCUGUCGUUUAAGUAUGUGCGCUUGGGUGUGACAUACGAAGUGAUCGAGUUGCAGGUUAUUGUGUGAGCUCAGCUGUGAUCAGCCUUGGGAGCGUUACAAUGUUUGAUCACCUUUCUAUCGAUUUUUUCGUGUUUAUUGUGGGCACGAAGUUAAGUUUUGGCGUUUUGUAGGCUUUGGUUGUGUUUCUGACCCGGCUGUUCACUUGGUUGUGA